AUGGAGCCCCUUCUCUUCUCGCACCAAAACAUCUACAUCUCCCUCGCCUCUGCUAAAGCUAAGCACAGGCCAGGAAAUAGUAGUAGUACUGUCUUCCAAGGAAGCCAAAAUAUGCAGCAGCCACGUGAUGCGGCCGGCACCAAUGGCGGUGGCGGCUUCUCCUGGGUGUUCGUCCCCGUGAUGUUCGUCUUGCUCACCUUCAACUCCGUCAUGGCGGUGUACCACUCCCGGGGCGACGCGGCGAUGGUCGCCUUCGUCGCCACCUCCUACGCGGACCUGCUUCUACUCUUCUUCAGCCUCUGGCUCUACAAGAGGGCCACCCUUGGCUCCACCCGGAGGAACCGGCUCAAGGCAUCCGUGUGGAUUCUCACCACCAUGCUCACCUUCGCCUUCUCCUACAUGGUCAUGGGCGCGGCCGGGCUCACCCUCCCCGUGGCGCUGCUCGUUUGGUUCAUCGCGGCGGCCACCGGGAUCGGUGCCUUCUCGGCCUUCUUUGAGCAGGGCAGGUAUGAAGUGCCAUCCUGACUUGUCUUCCAUGCUGUGGAGUCCUCGCAGGCCCCUCGUCCUUCAUGCAUGGCCAUGUUACACGUUCUUCAGCACCGCCAUGAUGCCUGACGCUGCUCGUCCGCCACACACGGUGCUCCUGUCCUGCAUGAAUCAACCCAGCACCACCGGGUGAACCCAUGCUGCUGCCACCGGUGUAGCCCAAGCUAGGAAUUACUAUAAGGGGAUAUGCUUUUGUGAUUCAUUCAGACGCAUGGAUUUUGCGAAGUUGUCAGGUUACGAUGGAGUUCAUACAUUGCUGGGUGGUUGUCUUGUACAUAGUUUUCUUCAGAAUCAUGAGCCGGUGCGUCUCAAGAAUAAAGAGAUAACGUGAUCUUCGUGGAAUCAUCAGCCGCUGUAUUUGUCCGUUCUAGGCGUGCGUCUAGAUAGUAUUGUGGUCAUGUGAGAUGUGACCACCAGGGAAAUAAAUGAAUUGAGCACUUGAAAAACAAGAUUCUGAUCUCUGAUCUGCAUCA